UAGAGGGAGGCCCAGAGCGACGGUUGCCAGCGGGAGGCAGGUGAGCCUCCGGAGCGCAAGGGCGGGAAGGAGAGCGCGAGGCCUCCUCCUCCUCCGGGUGCCAUGGAGACGCCGAGGCCGGAGACGCCGAGGCCUGAGGCCCCUCCGACGACGGCAGACGCGGCCGCCAUGGCUUCUCCGACGCCGCUGCCUUCUCCCGCCUUCCUGGCCUUCACGGGCUCCUGCGAGCAGGACGUGACGCUGGCCAAGUCCUUCUGGAACUCCGUCACCCUCCAGCCGCCGCUCGAGUCCCGCCUGGGGCCGCGAAGGGACUCGGCCAGCUGCUCCAGCUCCAGGAAGGGCUCCCGGUCGGAGGCGUCGAGCGGUACCAGCCUGCAAAUCCCCCGCACCCCCGACAACAAAAAAGAAGAUGACAAAAGCACGGACAAUAGUGUUGCUGGGGAAAUUGAUUUGAAGGAACAGCAUAUUAAGAAGAGCAAGAAGAGAGAAGAAAUAAUAGCAUUACUGAAGAAACAAAGGGAAGAGAGGAUUGCGAAAGAAAUGGUAUCUGAUCCACAUAAGCCGAAGACCAGACCUCGUGAAAGAGUUGGUUGUUCUGGCUGCAGCAGUUCCUACUAGAAAUGACAGCUAAGAUGGAUGGUGGAGAAUGCCUUAUUUGUUCCAGCUGACUUUUUUGGAGUUCAUCGAGGCUUUACCGUGCUGUCUUUCUGCAAAACAUUCUUCUAAGAUCAAUCUCCUCCUCUCCCUGCCUGCACAUGCUGCAUCCAUUUCAGUGGUGCUUUUGCUGGGAAUCCCAAGCUGCUCCCAUUAAAUGAUCUGAAACAAUUCCUUCUACUUGCUUGUUCUUACUCCUGGGUCCUCUCUGCCCACCCCCAGUCCGGUUUUUCAUCCAGUGUGGUUUCCUUACUAUGUGUCAAGAGAUCUGCCUCUUAUUGGAUCAAUGAAUUGCCAGGUAGGAGUUCCAGGCCCAUCAAUGUGCCAUAGGAGGUCUGCUAGCAUGGUCAGCACAGUGGUUAAAGGCACACAAUUCCUGAACAAAGACACCAUUCUUUGGGUCCAUCCUCUUACUAAAGUAUUUGGGGGCUACUCUCGUGUAUCUCACUGGGAGAAAGUGAGAAUGGAUGUUCUUGUUCAAAAACCUUGGCAGUUUUCAACGAUUCAUAGACUGAUGACUCCCCUCUUUCUUCUUUCUGUCUCACUGAUUAGUCUUCAUACUCAUUUAGCCACGUCCUCAAACUAAAUAUAGCAGAGAGGUUGAAAAAUUCACUUCCUGUAAAGCCCUUUCCCUCCCUUUCACCACUCACAGAAACAGGUUCCACUUCUCUUUAUCGUUCCAACUCCAUAGCAAGGCAAAAUUUAAGUGUGUUGCAUGAGGUAGGAAUGGGAGAAUCUGUCAGUUUCAGCUUCCCUCGGUUUCUCGUUUUUCUGGUCAAGUUCAGUUCUUCACAUUUCCACACCAUUUGCAAUUUUUUAAAAAAUAUAAAGUUCUCAUGAAAUUCAUCAGCACUUGCGUGCAGAAUUCAGCUACUAUACACAUUUCUAUACAAUUUUGUCUAAUAUAAUGCAUUUUGUAUGCUAUUUUCACUAAUAUAUGCAGUUACUUUCACACUUUGAUAUACAGUGGUACCUUGGUACUCGAAUGGCUUGGCUCCCAAAUGACGGAAACCCAUAAUAACUGUUCCAGUUUGCAAACGUUUUUCGGAAGCCAAACAUCCGCUGCAGCUUUCACUUGAGUGGAGGAAACUCCUGCAGCCAAUCGGAAGCCACACCUUGAUUUUCGAACGGUUUCGGGUGUCGAACGGACUCUGAGAGCCAGUGUGGUGUAGUGG